AUGAGUUCAAGUAUUCUUUUAUUCCCUGAUGAAAUUUUAGAAUGUAUUAUUGGGUCACUUAAUAAACAAGAUACAAUAAAUUUAUCAUUAGUUCAUUCAAGAUUUACCAAACUUUGUCAAAUUAAAUUAUUGAAAAGAAUUUAUAUUUAUAAUGAUGAUAAAUUUUUCAAAUUCACGAAAAAAUCAAAAUAUAUUGAUGAAUAUUUGAAUUUUACAAGUAUUGGAUUAUCUAAAUUUGUAAAAUUAUUGAAUUCAUCUCAAGGCAAUUCAAUUAGUUCCAAAAUUCAAGAAAUUAUUGUUGCUAAUGAUGAUAUUGCAUAUUUAGAUUAUUAUGAAUUCAUGAAAAGAAAGAAACUUCCCGUUAAAUAUGAUCGAAUUAAAGAAAUGGAAAUUAAUAAAUGGUUUCAAACUCAAAAUAUUGGUCAAGAUGUUGCAAUACUGAUGGAAUUGGGUGAUUUGAAAAGAAGAUCAGGGUUAUUGGCAUCAGUAAAUAAUAAACCUAAGCCAAAUGAUUAUGGUGAUCAUUUUGUUGCUGUGAUAAUGAUUAUUGCUGCUGUUAUUGGUGUAAUGUAUUAUUUUGGAUAUUUUGAUGGUUCUUUAUUGAAUAUUCUAUUUGGUGUAUAG